AUGGCAUCCAUCGCCUCUCUGCUCAACCCGGAGCAGGACUCUACAAACAAGAACCAAAAAGUUCUAGUUCCCGACUCGUCUGGGGGCGGAAGGGGGUGCCAGUCUUCUCCCCCCGCAAAGAAGCAAAAGGUCUCAAAAGAUGCUGCUGUAUUCACGAGGGGUAGAAUAAGAGGCUCCCUCAAGUACCCCCCUUGCGAAUGGCAGGAUGAAAAGUUGGCCGAGGCGCACAAGCUUUUUGAGAUUCACCCAAUGGGCCACAUUACGGAUUUCCCUAGACAUAUUCCAUACAACAGUGAGAAAAAGUCCUUCCUUGAGAAAACUGGAAGGGAAAGUUUUGAAGUGUUUCAAUACGAAUUCAAAAUCCCCGGUGACGAUAAAGUAUACACUGUAAUGUGGGAUUACAACAUUGGCUUGGUUAGGACAACUUCGCUAUUUCGAUGCAAUAAUUAUUCAAAGACUGCCCCUGCGAAAAUGUUGAAUGCCAACCCUGGCCUUAGGGAAAUCUGCCACAGCAUAACUGGUGGAGCACUGGCAGCCCAAGGGUAUUGGAUGCCAUUUGAGGCAGCUAAAGCCGUUGCUGCUACGUUUUGCUGGAAGAUACGAUAUGCUUUAACCCCUUUAUUUGGAGUUGACUUUCUCUCAGAGUGUAUUAAGCCGACUGAUGAGAUGUUCGGACGUAUGAUCAUUGAUCCUGCUGUUAUUCGAGCUGCAACCAUUACAGCACACCAUCACCGCAAUCUUGAGCUCCAGAAGACAUCUCACAAUCGCCUUUCUAGUUCGAACAUGUCCUAUUUACCCUUGAAAUCUAGGCCAGAACAUUUCAGCGUCAAAAGUUUGCGAUGUAAAUCUCAGGACAGUUCUCUCGAUGACGAAAAAGCCGCUAUUUUUGAUAACAGGGAUCAAAGUUCGCAUAGGGGCUCCUCCUAUUAUGACCACCAAGCGUACUCACCAUCGUUGCUACCAAAUUCCGGGUGGACGCCAGCUAAUACACCACGUACCUCCCAGCCUUUCGGAUGUCCCUUGAAUAACAGAAAUGAGACAAUUCUGCCAUCUCCAAAGGAUAUCAUUGAGUCACUUUCUCGGAUGAACAAUAAUAAAACUUUGGCUCGCACUAAUGGAACAUGCCGAGCCUUUAACGAUGUUGAAGAUGACGGCGAUGACGACGAGAGCACGGGCGCGUCGACGUCUGAAGACGAGGCCGGAAACAAUGGACCUACCCAAUGGUCCAAGGUGGAUCGCAGCUUCGACUCUGAGGCCGAGGGUGAAGCGGACCAAGAAGAUGCACUGAUGCCUGACAGCAACACUCCUGUAUGCUUGACCCCCCAAGCAUCUCCUGAGUGCACUCAUUCCAACGUCGGGAAUAACACUGGACUCCCUACCCCAAAACAAUUAGUGGUAUCAGGUAUUGAACUGGAAAAGGGAAAAGAAAGUGAAAAGGGUGAGGUAGAAGUCGAGACAAAACUCGAAGGGAGACAGUCACCUCUCCCAUUGACAAACGAUGCCAGAGCAGCGUAUAUGUUGAUGAAAUUGCAUAUGCAGGAGGCGGUGGGCAACAGCGCUGCAUCAAAAGAUGAGGAUUCAGCUAGGAAGAAAAGACGUGCAUCAGCAUAG